GGGAAGUGGUCGGGAGGUCGGGGGCCCGCGUCUCGAAAAAAUCAAGACGUCGGAUGUCUGGGUGCCUGGGCGUUUCUUCCUGCUGGCGUUCCUGCACUUUUUGCGUGCCCUGUGCAGUGCCACUUUGGCCGAGACGCUGUCUGUGCAGCCUGGCCGAUGCACAUUUGGUUGUGCGCAGGUGGGCCCGUGGACUGUGCGUGGUGCUGCCGGUGUGGGGGAAUUGUUGAGUUGAAAAAGAAACGGACGUCACUUUCCCGAUGCUUCAGUUUCUUCUGCGGCGCCUCCACGCGCGUCGGGAGCAGGGGGCCCCCAGGCCCUACCUGCGACUGCACGAACUCCCUGCGUGGAUCCGCGUGGCCCAGGACAUCGGCGCAGCGGUGGGGCUCAUGAACGAUACAAACUUCGGGCAUCCCAACCGCUUCAAAGACCGGGUCUUCGUAGAGAUCCAGGACGCCAUGGCCACGACAACCUGCCCGACGAAGAAGUUGUUCAUCGCAAUGGGCGUGCGUUUCCGCCAGAGUCCUAGGAAGUUGGCUUCGAAUCUCGCCGCGGCGAGGCCGACGAAGUGGCCCGCAGCCCUGGUGGGCCUCUAAGCGGGGCCUGCGGACGUACCGCCAGACGGGGCACACGGAUAGGGCGCUCCAGCUCGGCUUGCACGCUACUGCCGCCGCGCUGGCCGCCAAGAAACCCUUCGCCCAGUGGCCCUGGAGACCGCCAUCGCCAAGACCGUCAAGAAGCACUGCAAGGGCGCCGUCCUGCAGUCGUUCUGCGCGCGCCAGGCCGCGGCGGACAUGACGCAGCAGACGGGCUAGGUGGGCGACUGCACCCCCGGCCGUCUGCCCGAAUGCUCCCGCACCGGGUGCGGCGCCGAAGCCGGCCAUUGGCACAGCCAGGCCGCGGACGGCGCCCCCCGCGAUGGCGUUCCCAAGACUCUCCCGUACCAGGAGCAGACCGAGAAGUGCGAGUAUUCCAAAUUAGCCUGCCGGCUUAAUUUCCCGUCGUGCGCCAAAAAGGCCACUUGCCGCGCAUCGCCGUGCUGGCCAGUUUCGCGUUAUCGCUGUCUAGCGAGACCUCGCAAGCUCUUCGAGCGCGCCGCCGGCCCCUUGGCCCCCCCGCCCGCCGC